CAACCGCCAGAUUCCAGAAAGCUCUUCACGACUCAGAAAGCUGUGUAAAGCAAUGGUAUACGCACGGGCUGUUUGGGUGGAGAAUGGGAAGCAGAUGGAAGGAGUUUUGCCAUUGAACUGGAUUGACACAGAGACCAAAGUGGUGCGAUGGCCUCUAAAAAACGUGUCUGUGGCACAUAAGCGCCUUUUACAACCACAAGAGGACUGGUUAAGCUUUGAAUUUGUUAAAGUCAAAGUGACAUCAGUAAGCCGACAGGAGUGUGAAAAAUAUAAUUACACCUCAGCUCAAACCGAAGAGGAGGACACAGUCAGUCAAAAGAGAAUGAAGAAAAGAAGGAAAUUUGAAGAUUAUGUUCAAGGGUCGGAUUUGUCUCCUGAGGAGGAUGAGUCCUUGCCAGACAAGAAAAAGGAGGAUACAGUGUUGCUUCCGGUUCCUCCACCAAAGAUUAAGCUCUCACAUAAGGGACAAAAUGCAAUGCUGCUCGAGUUACCUGCACCCCCAGAACUGGCUAACACCACCAUUAGACAACCAGGGAGUCCUGCAUCUUCAGACAUUUCUGGAUGUUCUUGUCCAACGCAUCACCGUUCACCCACAAGGUCUGAAUCAUCAGAAGCAUUUAGUCCAGAGUCAGCCAGAUCUAGGCGUUCUCGCACACCUCAGCGUGGAGUUCGAAAGCCAUCACAGUCCGGGAGCAGAAAGAGUCGGGCAUCCUCAUCCAGAUCUAGGCGUUCUCGCACACCUCAGCGUGGAGUUCGAAAGCCAUCACAGUCCGGGAGCAGAAAAGGUCGGGCAUCCUCAUCCAGAUCUAGGCGUUCUCGCACACCUCAGCGUGGAGUUCAAAUGCCAUCACCGUCCGAGAGAGGCUUAUUCCCCAUGUCUCAAGCUAAAUACCAGAAGUCAGUGCUUGGAAAGCUAGUUGAACUUCUUGAUGAGAUAAAAAGAGUCGGAAGGCAUUAUGAGCCGCUGAAUUCUGCUGUCCAUGUUGCUAGGCUAGAAACCUUUGAAGAUUUUGCUGAAGAAGAGGCACGUCUCAAGGAACGCAACCUCUGGGAACAAAGGGUGUCCCAGCUCUCAAAGGUGGGAGGGAGGAAUAACAAAGACUGCGUCCCAUAA